UUCCUUUGCUCUGCUGCUCACGUCUCCAGCAGGAGGGAUCCUUAUACUCAAAUAAAGGAUCUGAACAGCGACUGAAAGCAGCUCAGUGUAUUUACUCAAGCAGGCAAGCAUUUCCCAGUUUCUACCACACAUUUCAAACUUCACUUCAUUUUUAGUGUAGGACAGGACCAGUUUAAGUAGAUGUCAGCAAAUCCAGCCCACUGCACCUUUAAACUACUACAUCUACUGUUUAAAGUAGUUCAGCUUUCACAUUAAAGUUAAUUUCAACUCAUUCCGAAGUCCUGCCAAAUUAGUAGCCUGGUUUUGAUACUUAAAAUACAUUUCUGUACAAGUUUAAAUGCAGUACUUUUACUUGUAACAGUAUUUUACAGAGUGGUAUUACUACUUUUGCAUAGAGUAAAAAUACAUGAAUGUUUCUUCCAUUUAUCAUAAUAGAUUUUCCGGAGUCACCGGAACCCUUGACGACCAAGCAUUGUUUCCACCCGGCGCUUUCAGUGUGGGAGCUCAGCCGCGUUGUUUACCUUGUUGUGUCGGUCUCAGCUAACAGAAAACAUCCUGUCAGCUCCGUGUCGGUGUUUUAGUCGUUACGGCGCUCACUUGUCAGCUUCUUCUUCACCUUCGCCGACAGCAACUCAAAGUAUUUCGCGUUUAUUUGGAGGAUAAAACACGAAGAAACGUCGCCGAGAGGCAGGAAGUGGAGCUAACAUGUCCGCGGAGCAGCAGACGGUCCCGUCGCCCUGCUGUGUGCGGGCUCCUGGGGACGUGGAGGCUCCGAGCGGCCCGCAGUCAGAGCUGGACACCCUCAGGACGUUGGUCAACGAGCGGCUGACGGCGGCGGAGGACGACAUCCUGGGCGUGAUCGUGAAAACCGUGGCCCGGUACAAGGAGCAGAUCGACCGCCAGCGGCGACAGCGGGACAGCCUGAGGUCCGAGGAGGAGCCUGAGGUCCGAUGGAGCCAAACGGCAGACCUUCUCCAGUCUUCCUCCUGGAUGAAAACGUGUCCUGAUGAGCAGACUCUGGGUGUCCAGCUGGACCACACGAACAGUACGGACGUCUGCGCCUCAGCUGCUCACGUUAAAACAGAAGCUGCUGGCGGCGACUGUGGAGCCGCAGAACCAAACUGCGGCUUCGAUCCAGCCGGCCGUUCAGAAGGAGCGAGUGAUGACCGACCCCUCGCUGGGGGCUCUGAGACCGAAGACCAUGGAGACUACUGGAGGGAGGCUGCAGGACUUUGGAAACCAGAGGAAACGGAAGAAGAAGAAGGACAAAGUUCACUUCCCGGCACACAGACGAAGAGCUCCGCUGAUCUGUCACAUCAGCCUCGGGAGGCCUUCCAGAGGAUUAGUUACCUGCUCACUCACGCAUCACACAUCUGGGAGACUGUGCGGGAAACACCUGGAGCAUCCAGAGAGCCUGAAGCUCCACCUCCGGGGCCACAGAGAAGCGUCACUUCGCUGCGCCGUCUGCGGUCAGAGCUUCACGCUGCGUGGGAACCUCAGGACGCACAUGAGGAUCCACCCGGCGAGCGGCCGUACGGCUGCACCGUCUGCGGCAAGAGCUUUGGCAGGAGGGCGACGCUGGUGCGGCACGUCCGCAGCCACACGGGCGAGAAGCCGUUCACCUGUACGAACUGCGGCCGCGGCUUUGUGGAGAAGGGCAACCUGACGGUGCACCUGCGGACGCACACCGGCGAGAGGCCGUCCUGGUGCUCCAGCUGCAACCGACGCUUCAGCCAGCUGUCGUGCUUCCACAAACACCUCUGUCAGAGGAGAGGCCUGACCGCGGGCUGAUGAUGACGGGGAUUAUCCUGCAGAGAAAUGGUCCUGAAAUCACAGCUUGGACUCUCAGCACUAACAUGGAAGUGCGAGGGCGGCGGCUCUCACUUUGGCAGCACAGCGUGUCUCCUCACGGUCAGCAGCUGAGAGAAGAUGCUUUGACUGACCUUAACUGAUGAGGGAAAGAGUACUCAUGCCUUCACAUUAUUGAGACUCUGAGUUUACUCUAAAUCAUUUAAUGGAUUCAUUUAAUGUCUCUGACCUGCUCAGUCCAUCGACAGGCUACACACUUACAGAACAAAACGUUCAGCAGGCUGCGUUAUAUUACUUUACUGUAUGAUCACAGUCACUCAGUCUUACUUUUACUGUAUCAUCUUAUUACUUUGUCUUGUGUUCUUUAUAAAUACAUCAAGAAAAGUGUGGAGCAGAAAAAAAGCUUUCAGUCGUUUUUCUGGUUCAGUUGCUGUAAACAUUUUCCACACAGAUUACUUCCUCGGAGUUCGGAACUGCAGAUUUUCCCUUAGCUCACCAGGAUAUUUGUGAUAUUUUAUUUACUUUCACAUUUUUACAAAUAUUAUCACCAUCAUCAACAAUGUCGUGUUUCUGGUUCAGUUUGUUCGUCAGCAGUGGCCGCCGGGUCGUUUUUGGGUCCUUGAGCACGAAUCGCAAAGAUGUCACAACUUCACAG